AUGCGCAAGAGUCCAUUAAUGAAGGAAAACAUGAAAGCAAUUCACAAUCAAAAAUUUUCAUAUCUGAACAAGAGUAAGCAAAAGACCUCUUCUCUGGAGAAGAGUUCAUAUUCAAACAGAUCACUCUUAAAUGAGAUGCAACAUCAAACCCCAAAUCAACCGAAGAAAAACAUUUCGACCCAGGCUUCAGAUUAGAAACUGCAUAAUUGUACAUUAGAUAUUAAUAUAAAGAAAGUUAAAUACUGAAAUCAUUAAUGAAAAUAUAAAAUAGAACAAAUCCAAUAUUGACAUAAUAGAAUUGUUAUGCAGGAGUCAAACUGAAUUUCAACAAUUGCAUAGGUAUUGAGGAUCAUUAAAAUCAAGGCAAUGAAGAGAAAAGAAUGAACACAAAUCAAUAUAACUCAUUGAAUUAGACGAAUCAUCCAUCUCCAAAAGUUAAGACCAUUUCAUUAUCAACAUAUACUGUAUUACAUGAAUUAACCUGCCUAUUAGAGUACUCAGAGUCCUGAAUUAAGAGAAAAAGAGAUCAGACAUGAAUAGAUAUCGCAAUUUAAAUAGUUGAUUACAUAAACUAAAUAAAGUUUGGAGAACGUAAGGGUCUCCGACAUGCAACAAUACAUAGAGGGAAUAUUUGAUGAAACCAUUUAGCCGCUACUUCAAUUGAAGGUAUAGAUUAAAAACUUAGAAAUAAUUAGAGCGAGUUGCUUAAACAAAUUGAGAAGUGUAUAAAUGCCGAAUAAUAUUAAAUACGUUCUACUAUUGACUCUCUGAAAAAGAUGGAGGAUGAUAUCCUCUCUAAUGAGUUCAACAUUAUAGAAUUUAUGGCUAUGGGUCCAUUUAAUGAGAUCAUGUUGAUCUACCAGAAGAGAUUCAAAGAACACUCCAUCUUUGUUCAGUAGUUAAAUCAAUAAGACAUCGUCAUGCAUCAAUUUAAACAAUUACAUGAGAACUUCACUCAACAGAAUCAUUCCUUGUGUAAGCAAUUAUAACAGUCCUUGUAAGCCUACUUGUCAUUAUAUAUCUCUUUCUAAAAUAAGGAUGAUUUUUAUGAGAUGAAAGAAUUCAGUAAUAUUUAAUAAUAGCAGAAUCAAAUUAUCAAUAAUUUACAAGAAAACUUGUUCCAAACUUGCGAAACCAAUAAUUCAAUUGACGAAGAUUAGGUGAUUAUGAAGGAUUAACAAGUGGUCAGAAUUCCAGAUAAGACUUCAUAAUUUACUUAAUUAUUAAUGAAGGGCUUAAAUUGCCAAAAGAGCUUGUUUCCAUCAGAAUCGCCACAAUUCAAGAAUUGA